AUGGGCACGUGUUCGUGUCACUUGCUGUUGCAGAUAGCCAUCUUCCACGUGGAGAGGGGCCCGUUCUGUGAGCUGUUCCUGCAGUGCGUGACGUACGGCUUCUACACGGAGCCGUGGCAGGAGCAGCUGUACGCCGCAUUCAGCCUCAUGUGCAUGUUCGUGCUGCCGCUCGCCAUCCUGAUCGGAACAUACGUCUCCACUUUCAUCACCAUCUCACGCGGCGACGCGGCGGGCGACAACCGGCGCCGCCUCAUCCGGCGCGCCAAGGCCACCUCGGUGCGCAUCUCGCUGCUCAUCGUGGCCGCCUUCGUCGUCUGCUGGACGCCCUACUACACCAUGAUGAUCAUCUUCCUCUUCCUCAACCCGGACAAGCACCUGAGCGAGGAUUUGCAGUCGGGGAUCUUCUUCUUUGGGAUGUCAAACAGCCUGGUGAAUCCUAUCAUCUACGGUGCCUUCCACCUGUGGAGACCAAGACGUAAAAGUAGAAGUGAAUAUCGCAGUGAGUUCGCGUCCGGGACGCUGCGGCGCAGCCCCGCCACGGCGACGCCGACGGCGGUGGGCGGCGACGGUAGCGGCAGCGGCAGCGGCAGCAGCCGGCGCUGCACGAGGCGGCGUCGCGACGACCAGCUGUGGGACGGCGCCGCAGCUGCUGCGCCGCUCUGA